AUGGGUUCCCGAUCUAGCGGCAAGCGCCCCAGCCCUAAGCCGACCAUGACCACAAGCCUCAACCGUGUUCAAGGAAACGCUCGCGUUCAGAAGACCAGUGCUUCCGCAGCGACUAAGAAGAAAUCGGCUUCCAAGGCCGCCCCGAAAGCCGAGACUCAGACCAAAAAUGGCGAGGAAGCCAAGAAGCCUACCACCUUUCACCCAUUCGGAACUAAGCUCCCCCGCGAGCUCAUGGCAUUGAUCGUUGAAGAGGCGGCUGACUAUGGUCCUGCCAUCGCGUACGGUCAUUGCAAAGCGCACAAAGGCGAUCCCAAAAACCUCGUGCUAAGAACCGGCCGGGAAGGCGGAAAGUCCAAGUUCAAGGAGCUGGUCAGCCUGGCUAAGGCGCUUCCCAACUUUCAGACCAUUAUCGAACGUCGAUUUGGACGUCCCUUGGAUGAGAAUCUCUCGAAUGAUCCGAGGCUUGGUAUUCGCAAAGAGAAGGACCUGAUGGUCUUCAUGUUUGACAAGGCUUCCCAUUCGUUUAUCGAUUGGUUGUCUAGGUCGCAGCGCAAGACCAACCGUGCUACGCUUGCUCGGGGUAUCCGCAAUGUGGGUGUUCGAUACAAUCACGCCUGCUGCAAAACCUUCACCUGCUUCGUCUGUGGAUCUUGCCUUAAGAGCAGAUUUGGGAUGUUCAAUUGUGCAUGGGACCUCGGCUUAUUCUGCCAGAGCCUAUCCCACGUCGACAACAUCUUCAUUCUUGUCCCCUUGGGCAGUUCAGAUGUCGUUGGCACCAGCCUCAACAAGCAUGAGAAGCUGAUGAAGACCCUGAUAGCUGCCCAGUCCAUCAACAAACACUAUAUCCCACAUAUUGUUGGUGCUGAUGCCCGCCGACGUGUUCGCUUCCGUGUUCUUGUGAGCUCCCGCUGGAAGGAUGCCACGCUGAACAUCUGA